AAACCUUUAAUCUAUAAUAGAACUCACUUUACAUUUAAUAGUAACAAACUCACUUGAUGACCCAAUGGCCUAGCUAUUGCAUGUGCCUGAUUAUUCCCCUUUGAAUAGUACGUAUUCUUUUUCCAUUUUCGUCUUUCACAGUGUUCAAAAAUUUUAUACACCGUUAAAUGGUUGAGUUAUAUAUCAAAUCAAGCUAAUUUGUUACCAGUCAUCAUUUUGUUUCUUUUUAUUUUUUUUAUUUUUUAAUUGUGGAUGUAUGAUAUAUAGGUGAUAAUGUUAAUUAUGCAGGACAAACAAUCUUUAGAUCACCGACAAUAUCGUGUAUAUAUUCUUACGUUCAGUUGUAACCUACCUCUGCUCUUUCACCUCUUCAUCAUCACUUCCAUGAAUAUCCCCUAGUACUCCGGUGAGUGGUUUAUGUACUUAAUUUAAUCUCUGCUUAUACUCUCUCCCCAAAUCUCUCUCUCUCAAUACUAAUGGUACAAUCAAAGAAAUUCAGAGGUGUCCGGCAACGUCACUGGGGUUCUUGGGUUUCCGAAAUUCGCCACCCAUUACUGAAGAGAAGGGUGUGGCUAGGAACAUUUGAUACCGCCGAGGAGGCAGCUAGAGCCUAUGAUCAAGCUGCCAUUUUAAUGAAUGGCCGAAAUGCCAAAACCAACUUCCCUGUAGCCCGAAAACCAGACCAAGACUCGAACAGCACCAGCACCGAUGAUCAAGAGUCAUCUUCAUCGCCACUAAAGGGUCUAUCAGAAAUCCUACGAGCUAAGUUUCGAAAAUGUAGCAAAACACCAUCUCCAUCUCUCACUUGUUUGAGGCUAGACACUGAGAAUUCCCAUAUUGGAGUGUGGCAAAAGCGCGCCGGUCCGUGCUCAGAUUCCAACUGGGUAAUGACAGUUGAUCUCGAGAAGAAGAACAAUGGCAAAGUCAACGAGAGCGAAUCAUCACUGCCUUUGUCUGACCAGUCCCCAACAAUGGUGGGUUCAAAGAGGUUGAGAAAUGAUGAGAUGGAUGAAGAGGAGAGAAUUGCAGUGCAAAUGAUAGAUGAACUUCUUUACACUAAUUGUCCUAGCCCUUCAUUUGAGAUUCAAGGUGUGGGUUACUUUUGCAUGUAGUUCCCUAAAUAUAUAUAUAUAUCAAUGUAUCUAUUUCUGUUCAUAUUGAAGACAAGGGAGGCUUUGGGUAGAAAUUAAUUAGUACUAAUUAAGAAAAUGUUGUCUAGCUAGGUGACAAUGGAUAUAUAUAUAGAAGAAUAAAAUUGUGUUAAUUAUCGAAAAAAAAAAAAAAAAGAAUAAAAUUGUGAUAACAGUUUCUUUAUCCUAAUUACU